AUGGCUUCCUCCUCUCAUUUUCAUUACCACCAAGACGAUCACCAACCUGAUAAUGAAGAUAUAUUCGAAGACUUAUUUGAAGACAUUGAUGAUUUACUAGAAGAAAAUGAGCGUGUACCACGUAAUUUUAUCGACAGACAUCGGGAGGAAGGUCAAGAUAUGUUAUGGAAUGAUUAUUUUAGCGAUACUCCAACCUACCCGCACAAUGUCUUCCGGCGACGGUUUCGAAUGAACCGGACAUUAUUCAUGCGUAUUGUGCAGCGUCUCUCCACAGAAGUACGGUAUUUUCAAGAAAGAGUUGAUGCAACCGGGCGGUCUAGUCUUACUGCACUCCAAAAAUGUACCGCAGCAAUUCGUCAAUUGGCUUAUGGUGUUGGAGCUGAUGCAGUGGACGAAUAUGUCCGAAUGGGUGAAACAACUGCUCGAGGAUGUUUGCACAAUUUUGCCGCCGGAAUAAUCCGCUUGUUUGGCAAUGAAUACCUAAGACGUCCCACACCGGAAGAUCUGCAAAGACUACUAUACUUUGGGGAGCAACGUGGGUUCCCAGGGAUGAUUGGAAGCAUCGACUGUAUGCAUUGGGAGUGGAAGAAUUGCCCCACUGCUUGGAAAGGAAUGUAUUCACGAGGAACCGGAAAACCAACGAUUGUCUUAGAGGCGGUGGCAUCAUAUGACCUCUGGAUAUGGCACUCCUUUUUUGGAGCUCCAGGUACUAUGAACGAUCUUAAUAUUCUCGAUCGAUCACCCGUUUUUGAUGACGUAAUUAACGGAAUAGCACCACAAGUUAACUUCUAUGUUAACAAUCAUCCGUACAAUUUGGCUUAUUAUCUCACGGAUGGUAUUUAUCCAAAAUGGGCUACAUUUAUUCAAUCUAUCCGACUACCACAAACUCAGAAGCAUUCUGUAUUUGCUCAAACCCAAGAAGGUGUGCGAAAAGAUGUCGAGCGUGCAUUCGGAGUCCUACAAGCUCGGAUGAACGAUCGUCAAGAACUCAGUACAACAUUGCUGAAUUUCGAGAAAGAGAAGAGGCGGAUACCUUUACCGUCAAUAAUCCGUCACCUCUCGGCACUCCACUUGAACGUCGGACGAACCUUCGGAAUCGAGAAACCCAUCAACGUUUAA